AUGUAAUUUUAUAAUAAGCUAAAACAUAAAUUUUAGCAGUCAAAGUAAGAACCAUCCCAAACACCUCCAACAAAUGAAUUGGGUCUUAGUCAGCAUAAACCACCUUUGGUCGAUUCAAGAUAAUAAUGGAAUACGAAUGUUUACUUGGUUCCAAAAUGGGAAAAGAAAGAUAUUAAAAGAGUUGAUUCAUCACUCCACGCACCAUUUCCAAUACGAAAUUAUAUCAAUUAUGUUUAGUAGCAUAGUGGAGGAUUCUAAGAAGAAUUGAAUUUGGAUUUCUUUAAGCAUAUUUUUAGACAUUUUGCGAUUAAUUAGUGGUGGAUAGAGGAGGCACGGAAAUUCAAAUAAAGUGUUCCUAUUAAUAUUCUAUAGAGCCCUGAGGAAGUUAGAUAAAAUCCUGAAUAUUGUAAAUUGAUGAUGUAAAAGUAGAAGGAUGAUCUAAAGUUUUAUCAAGAAAUUUUAAGAAAUGUGAAAUCUCCGAACCCACCUUUUCCAUCUAGAUAAAUUCCUGAAUACAGGAAAUCUAUAACAUAUUAAGUGUUGGAUUUGCAUGCUGGAUAAGAACAUAAAGAUAAAUCGUUGUUUCAGUUAUAGGAUGUUUUUGUUAACAGAAUAAUAUAGUUGAUUUCUGAAUAAGGAGUUUAAAGUUUAGGGUACUAUGACUACGUUACAUUUAAGAAUAUAGUUCAGGAUAGAAUCAAAGGAGCAGGAGAUGCUGAGAACUUUGUAAAGAUUUUGGAAAUCAAAAGGUUAUUCAAUUCUGUAGAUCAGAUCUAAAAGGAAUUCGAUAAAACUGUAAAUGAAUGGCAAAGAGAAUACACACUGACAUCUAAUAAUACAAAAAGCAAAUUUAGAAGAUGGCAACAAGAGAAGACGUUAUUUUCUGAUGAAUUACUAUAAUUAGCAAGCAAUGUUGGAUUAGAUGCAAAUCUGGUGAAAGCAAGGAAGAAUUUUGAUUUGAACAAGACUGAAUAGCAAUAUAAAGAGCUUGUUAAGGUGGGAGAUUAGAUCUAAUUGAGCACCCAUAAAACAAUAAUGGAUACUCUGUCUAAGAUCGCCUAAGAUGAAUAUAAUAAUAUUUCUGUAAACAACUCAGUUUUACAAGAAGAUGCUCUUUAACUUGCCAGAGUAUAAUAUGAAGAAUAGAAAAAUAUUAUAAAGUUGGAACAUUCAUCUGAAGGUUCAAUUCCUUAAUACUCUGAAGUUCCCAAUAGUAGGGAAUGCAGUGAUAUAUUUUAGAAUGUUUUAGAACAAAAGUAGUUGAAUGAAUCUAACAAAUUAUUCUAAUAACCAAUUGUGGAAUAAAGAUUAAACAACAAUGUCUCGGCUGAAAUGCAGAAACCAUUUUUGUAGUAUGCCAAACAAUAAAGUUAUAAGUUAUAACAAAAACCGGCAAAUAGUAGUUCACCAUAGAGAAGAAUGCUUGUAGUAUCAGAGAAUAAUAGUAGGUCUAAUAACAAUAGCAAUAACUAAAACAAUACUCAUAGAGUUCAAUCUUAAGGAUAAGAGAAAAUGUUAUAAUCUUAAUGGUCUCAGCAGUCCUUGAAGUCUCUCGAAGAUAUCAUUAAACCUCCUUAUGAGGAUGAUAUUAAUAAACAUCCUGUCAAAACAUCUAAGGAAUAACCCUAAAAAAAUAGUAUGCAAUUUUAUUAGAAACUUGAUUAUAAAGAUUCCAAAUAAUUUGAAAAUGCCUAUAAGGAUGCAAAUGCAAACAAGAAUCUAACUUAGAAUACUAUCAGUCAUCAUUAAUAUAAUAUUUAAUAAGGAUAGAGUAAUAGCCACAACAAUAUGAGCAUUAGUUUAAACAAUAAGAAUACUAGCAACAGCAUUAAUGAUGACAUCAAGCUCUUGAGUGACUUCGUACAAUAAAAUAGGGUUUCAUAAUAGAAACUGAAGGACAAACUAUUUAGUUAAGAGAAGGAAAAGGAUGAACUCAGAUAACUCUAAGAGGAACUUGAAAAUAUAUCAAGGGAUGAUAAUGUUAGCAACUUCAGAAAGAAUACUUUAGAAUCCCAGGACAAAGAGAAGAGUUUAGACAUUUAAAGUUAGAGUAGAACUAUUUCAUCAAAGGAAGAUAAAAAAUAUAAGGAGUCUAUUGAGAACUAAGUCAAAUUAGAUUAUGGUUACAAUGUUCCAUCUUCAAUGCCAGGAUCAUUAUCCAAUAAUACCACUGCCAGAACUUCUAGAAACACAAGCAAUUAUAAUUCUAUUUAAAAUAAAAGAUCAAAAGUAGAUAGUAUCGAGGAGGCAUCAGAAGAGUAAGCAAUUAACUAACAACAAGAAUAGGCAAUUAAAUAACAAUAAGUGUAGGGGGAAAAUGAAAAUGUCAGAAGAGUUUCACCAAAUAAAUUAACAAGACAAACGUCAAUUAAAAGUAAUUUAAGAGCUAACGAACAACGUGUUGAUAACAAAUAAUAAUCAAGAGAUAGUAAACACUCAAGAUAGGAUAAAUCAUAAGGUAGAGAUACUCAUAUUCAAAUUAAUUAACUCAAUUACAUGCAAGAUUCGAAACAAGAUGACAUUAAUAAUUAUUAAAUUUCUUAACAAUCAAGUGACCUAUCUCCCUAAAAGUCUAAAAAAAGUGCAAAAAGUCCAGAGAAGGCUAAGAGAUUUCAAAAAUCAGUUACUAAAAUCAUAGACUCUAAUAAAUAAAAUAAAAAGGAAUAAUAAAAAUUAGAGAUUGUUAAUAAACCAUUUGAGAGUCAAUAGCAAGCCUAAUAAGAUAUCAGAAAAAGCAGACAUAAAACAGGAAACAGGGAAGCGGUUGAUGAAUCUUCAUAAGAAGAGCAGGACAAAGAAGAUGAUGAAGAGAAAAGAAACAAUAAUAAGUUUAAAAGAUAGAAAUCAAUAAGGAAAGGAUAAUUUCAUUCAGUUUCAAUGCCAAAAAUUGGAAAAGAUGAGGAUCCUAAAAAAUAUUUAUUGAUUUUAAAGGAAGAACUCAAAGAGUUAAUAGAGAAGAAAGUGAGUUUAAGGGAAAUAAAGGAGCAUAUUAAUUUAAUUCUUAGUGAAAUUGCAGGAGUGAAACUUGAUCCAGAGUUGGAAUACUAUUUAUAAUUAUAUAAAUAAAGGGUAAUGGAGUUGACUUAGGUAAAUCAACAUUCCAGGGAAAUUCAUUUUUAGACUCUUCAACCAUCAGCCGAAUUGAAUAUCAGGCGAGAAAUAAAGGGAUUGAAAUUUGCUAGAAAUUGUGAUCGAAUUCCAAAAUUGUAACCGAAAGAUUUAGAAGACACUUUUGUAUUAUAAUAAUAAUCUUAAAAAGAAUAAGAUCUCGCUGAUUAGGAAAGCAAAGUCCAGUCGUAUCAACCAAUUUUCCGGUAUGAGCAAAGACCCUAAGCAAUUUAAUCGGACAUCAUAUAGGUUUCUUUGGAUGUUUCAAGAAGACAAACACCAAACACACAUCGUCAGGAGAGAGCGGGGUCGUUGCUGGAGGUGGAUUUGCCGAUUCUCACUCAGAGGAAGGGGAAUAUGGUGGAGAAUAAAAGGAAGAAAAAGACCAGAUAUGCUGGGUAGACUUCGAUAAAGAGAGACAAGUUGAGUGAGGAUUAUCCUUUUCUAUAUAAGUACAAGCCAGAGUUGUUGAAGUGCAUAUUGGAAGCUCGUAUUAGCCUUGAGAAAUUGGUUUGA